AUGCUAGAUGGUCGCAACUGCUUCACCUGGGCAUGAUUGGAAUUUCGCAUGGGAAGGGACCAUGGGCGCCUUUUGCGCUUGGGUCUGCCGUUCUUGGCCUGACCCUGUACUAUCUGCACUUGACCAGGCAACCUACACAGGCAAACAUUUCACCACCGCUCACCCAAGAUAAUUGCCAAGACUACGACGCGACACACGUACCAGACGCCAUGGAUCCGGAGGAGAGAGCGUAUCACGAGGGCUUCAUGCGCGAGGCUAUCGCUAUGGCUGAACUGGCACUCAAGAGCGACGAGACGCCUGUUGGUUGUGUCUUUGUCAAAGAUGGCGAAAUCAUCGGCCGAGGCAUGAACGAGACAAAUCGCACUCUGAAUGGCACCAGACACGCCGAGUUCGUCGCCAUUGCCGGCAUCUUGUCCAAGCAUCCCAUCAGCAUCCUAAAUGAGACAGAUCUCUAUGUCACCGUCGAGCCAUGCGUCAUGUGCGCUUCCAUGCUCCGUCAGUACGGCAUCCGAGCUGUUUACUUUGGCUGCUGGAAUGAGCGAUUUGGCGGAACCGGUGGGGUGUUGAACAUCCACUCGGAUCCCAGUGUCGACAAACCUUACCCAGUCACCGGCGGCAUCUUCCGAGAAGAAGCAAUCAUGUUACUACGCAAAUUCUACGUUCAGGAAAACGAGAAGGCGCCCGAACCGAAGCAGAAGAAGACCAGGGAGUUGAAGACAGAAAUCUUGCCAAUGGAUGUUCACCAGCCAAAGUCAACCCCUUCGCCUGCUGUUCGCACUCCUCUUACUUCAUCCUCGACUGGAUCCAUUCCAACCCUAUCUUCUUUGGCCGCAUCUGCUGUAGCCGUGCCCAAGACUGGUAUCCAAAUGCCAAUUCGCCCCUAUCCAGUCGCUGCUACCUCUGCCCUUGCUUGAGGAACAUCAGGGUGGUUGUAUACUUGUAUUCAAGAGAAAAUUAUCUCAGCAUGAUGGUUAUGACAGGGAUGACAUGGACGACACACAUUGUAUCAUAGCUAAUGACUUUUACUUCAAAUAGUUGAAGCACACACUGCUGUGCUAAUGAUAAUGCGUUUUCAGGGGGGUCAGAUCCAACAUGUCGUCAGCAAAGUGUGACCUUGGAAUUGCGUAUGUAUGAGGAAAGGUAUCAUGGAUAAAAGCUUGAUAGUCAUAACAUGUGACUGCCUGGACUUAUUUCUCUCCACCGCCACCUGCGACUAGCUGCAC